UCCUAUAAAAACACCGAUAAAAGGCUCACUCGCUGCCCGUGAACCAUCACGCCCGCGCGAUCGCGGCGAAGAUCGAGGAAGUGAAAGGUCGUCGCCGUCUGUCGAUUGUCUUCUCGAUGUUUCCUCCUUCACCCUGAACCCCUUGCUACUGAUUUUGGGCAUCAAUUCAAAUUCGUCAUUGAGGGGAAUAGGCAGGACAAGUAGUUUGCUUUCAGUUCAGUAACAUAGGGAUUAGCUGGUUUCUAGAAUUCGAGGAGAUAAGGAAGAUCAUGGCACUCUUCAAAGUUUGAACUCUGAAUUCAACACUAAUCUACUUUGAUUGAAAGUAUGAUCUACCUUCAUACAAAAUAAGGCAUAAGGGAUCCGGUCAUUCGGAUGAUCAUAUUAACCAAUGUGAUUGCGGGUGGCUAAUUGGAAGGAUUUCAAAAGCCCUAGCUUUUCCCUUCAGUAUCGCGUUCCCCACACGUUUCCCCUUUCCUGGGCCGGUAUGCUUCCUUUCGACGCCUCGCCGCGAUCAAUUCCCUAGUUGAAGGCGGACGCGGAGCCACGAGGGGAACAGGCGGCUCCGGGACCGAAUGCUCGAUGGGGCAGAAGCCCUCAUGGUUUCUUCCCCCGACCAUCAACCUCAACUUCCUCCACUCUCACCUCGGCACCUUCCUCCCCACCGCCUCACUCUCCUCCGCCUCACCCGCUACCCCCCAAUUCAACCCUCUCCCCUCCCCUCCCCUUCCCCAUGCCGAGAGACAUCAAUACAAGCUCUACUUCCCACGGUCAAUGGUCGAAUGCCUGACGAGCUGUCUCCGCUUGGUUCUACCGCGUCGGGCGCAGCCCGAUUCCGCCCUCGCGGUUUCUCCGGCUCCGAUCUUGCAGCGUCCGAGGCCUCGGCGGAUUUCGUCGGAGCGCGGCUGCGCAGUCCCUCUUUUCAGGCCGUAUGUCGCCUCCGUGCCCUGGCAUGGGGGUGUGCGGGGAUUCUUCUCGCAGCUGUUCCCACGGUACGGCCGCUACUGCGGUCCUAAUUGGUCCAGCGGCAAGGAUGGCGGUUCUAUGCUGUGGGAUCAGAGGCCCGUUGAUUGGCUCGACUUUUGUUGCUACUGUCAUGAUAUCGGCUACGACUCUUACGAUCAGGCGAAAUUGCUGAAGGCGGACCUCUCCUUCCUGGAAUGCCUGGAGCAGCCGAGGAUGGCCUCGAAAGGUGGAGGUGCUCCAGCUGCAAUCAUCUACCGAGCUAUGUGCAUUGCAGGGCUGAGGACCAUAUUGAUACCUUAUAGGAUGCACCUAGUUAGAGUGCAAUCUGGGCCAUCAUUCUUGGAUGCGUUCAACAACUUGAUAAAUAAAUCGAGUUCAUCUACCAAUAAUGAGGCUACAAAGUGCAAAGAAAUGUUGUGAAACCAAAAGGGAUAUUUUGAUGUUGACUGAGUUGGUCUCUGAAAUCAUAUUUCCUUUUUUUUUCCCCUUAUCUGUAUUGGCAGAGUACAUGCUUAUUAUAUUAUGAAUCCACAUGCAUGUUGGUCA